AUGCCAACAAAUUUAGCUAAGGAAUCCGCAGCUUGUGCUGCAGUUAAUGAACAGAUUCAUAAUAAUGUUCGUAUUAUUGGUAUUGGAUCAGGUUCAACAAUUAUUCCAGCUGUGAAAAGAAUUGCGGAAAUUGUGCAAAAAGACAACCUUGAUUUAAUUUGUGUUCCGACUUCAUUACAAGCUCGUGAACUAAUUCUUUCUAAUGGUUUGAAAUUGAGUAGUCUUGUUGAACAUCAAGAACUUGAUCUGGCUAUUGAUGGUGCUGAUGAAAUAGAUGAGCAAUUUAAUUGUAUUAAAGGUGGUGGUGGAUGUCAUACACAAGAAAAACUUGUUGCUUUUUGUUCAAAAAAAUUUAUUGUUGUUGCUGAUGAAAAAAAAUGGUCAAAACGUUUAGGUAAUACAUGGACAAAAGGCAUUCCAAUUGAAGUUAUUCCGAUAGCGUAUAAAAUAACAAAAAAAGAAAUUGAAAAACAACUUGGUGGUGAAGUUAUUGUUCGUGAGGGAACAGAAAAAUUAGGUCCAGUAUUAACUGAUCAAGGAAAUUUCAUUCUUGACUGGAAAUUUGAUGCUUCGAAAAUUUCAAAUUGGUCAGAUAUUAAUCAAACAUUAAAAAUGAUUCCUGGUGUUGUUGAAACUGGUUUAUUCGUAAACAUGAUUUAUAAAGUAUAUCUUGGUAACAGUGAAGGCAAAGUUGAAGUUAAAACAAAUCCUGCAAUAUCUUCAUAA